GAAAAACAACGAGCCAAUAAUAACAAUAACCAUAGUGACGCGGUGUCGGACCUCCCAAAGGGAGGAGUCUGCUGCCUACUGAUGUAAAAUCCUCGCCUUGCAUGCUUCCAGUCUGAGCUGCUCCUGGAUGAAUGAAAAUGGCACCGCUACGAUCAGGACUUUCCUUCCUUAUUUUCAUCUCUUUCUGUCUGCAUGUUGCUGCAGAGGGAAUGGAGGUGAUCGUAGGGGACGGCUUUACAUUCCCUGAAAGCUGUAAUCUGGGGGAAUCCGGGGAGCUGCUGGUUGAGAAAAAGUCUGGUCCCCUGAAGGUGGCAUCAUGUGGGGAUGGGCUGUGGACGGUGAGCGCAGAGUACAGAGACAGAGUAAAAUUCCGCUUUGAGAAAAUAGUUUUCACCCACACGGUGUUCACUGACGGAGGAGCAGUGUACACCCUGAAGUGCUCCGGUGAACAAAAAGGAGAGCUCCUCCAGCUGAAGGUAGUUUUUGCGCAUGAAAUGCAGGUGAAGCAGGGUGAGAAAGCGGUCCUGCCCUGUUACUUUGAAACCAGCGGUAAAACUGAUCUGAGCGCCGUUUGGAAGAAAGAAGGAAAGCCUCUGUGUGUGAAGAACUGCAGCCAUUCCUCUGAAGACAGGCUGUCAGUACCUGGGAGCUGGUCCACAGAUGGAAACCUGUCUCUAACCAUCAGAGAGGUGCAGCCUGGGGAUUAUGGAGAUUAUUUCUGCUAUAACAAAGACCAACCAGGAAUGCCUGCUGCGGUUAGGCUGAGGGAGAAAAAGUCUGAUCAGAAAACCACUGCUUCACCUGAACAUCAUCAAACACAGAGCUGCUCUGAACAGAUUCAUCCCUGGAAGAUUUCCACUGGAAUUCUUGCUGUUUUCCUCCUGAUCACUUUAAUCCUCCUGUUUUUGGUUUGUUGUCUAUCUGGAUUUGAUUUUAGAAAGCUGUGCGAGCUGUUACAGAAAAAACAGCCUCCUCCUCAAUAUGAAGCUGCAGCGGUUUAAAUUAGGAAUCUACCGGCUUUAU